AUGUCUAGCUCAUCUAGUUCUAGCGAUGAUGAAAUGAUGAAGACAUUCUUUCUUAUGGGAGCUGCUAUCGUUGAGGAAGAAGAACAAGAGAAAUGUUCAACUUCAGUUCAACACAAACGACGUAUCGUGCUCCAUCGAAACCGACUGGAAGGCCACAAUCGGUUGUUCCAAGAUUACUUUGCUGACGCACCAACCUAUCCUCUUUAUUAUUUUCGUCAAAGAUUCAGAAUGUCGCGUUCGUUAUUCCUUCGAAUCCACGACGCAGUUGUCGAACAUGACAAGUACUUCGUCCAAAAGAGGAAUGGUGCUGGACAGUUAGGACUAUCUAGUCUGCAAAAGAUUACUGCAGCUAUGUGGAUGCUCGCAUAUGGAGCAUCCGCUGACUCCGUUGAUGACUACGUUCGGAUCGGUAAAAGUACGUCGCUUGAGAGCGUGAAGAGGUUUGUUCGAUCGAUUAUCAACAUCUUUGGAGAGGAAUACCUUCGUUCACCGACUAAUGAAGACGUUGCACGCCUGCUCGAGGAAGGUUCACAACGAGGUUUUCCUGGUAUGCUUGGGAGCAUCGACUGCAUGCACUGGACAUGGAAGAACUGUCCAACUGCCUGGCAAGGGUCUCACAAUGACCUUAAUGUUCUACAUCGUUCACUGGUUUUCGCACAACUUGCGGAGGGAAGAGCUUCACCGUGCAACUAUACUGUCAAUGGCCACGAGUAUAAUAUGGGAUACUAUCUCGCCGAUGGGAUUUACCCAGAGUGGUCCACAUUAGUGAAGACUAUUCCAGCACCUCGAGGAAACAAGCAUAAGUACUUUGCUCAACAACAAGAAAGCGCAAGAAAAGAUGUCGAGCGAGCUUUUGGCGUGUUGCAAGCUCGAUUUGCGAUUGUUCGUGGACCAUGA